AUGUGGAAAAACGUUCAAAUAAACGGUGAUUCUUAUCUAGUCAAACAUGAAUAUUCUCAAUUUACAUAUAACCUGCAUAUUACUAAUCUUAUGAAUUUAUGGCAUGAAACAAUUAGCACUGAAUCAAUUAUAAAACGAUGUCGGGAUAUGAAUAAAUUUUUGGAAGCAGAUGAUGAAACUUUUAUCGAUAAAAUCUUUCAACUGCUUUAUGAUGAUCAAGCUGAAAAAUUACUAACUUUUUGUCCAACAAAUGAAACUGGCUCCCUAAUUUUAAAAACGAAUAUGGAUGGAAUUAACUUUCACUUCAAGUUUGAAUUAUUAUUAGCAAGCUCUAAAAUUUUGUUUCAAGAAGUCACAGCAAAUUUAUUAAUAAAGAUACAAAACUUGAAGAAUGCUCAAGAAAAUUUAAUAGAAGUAAUUCACCGAAAGGAUGUUGAAAUUGAUCAAUACAAGAUUGAAGGAUAUGUUUUGUCACGCAAACUCGUGGAAACUGAGAAAUUUGUCGAUGAAGAAUUCAAAAAGAAAUACAUUAUUGAAUCGUGGCCAUCAUGUAUUAAAAAUACCUUGGAAGAUGUCUUUGAAAACGACUGUGGGAUCAAUAAAUUCAUUGAAAAAAAUCUUGGUGUGGAAUUAGACAUAAAACCGAAGAAUAAUUUGAAAGCUUCAUUGAACAACAAACAUUCAUUGCGAGGUGUUAAGAAGUUCAAUCGAAGAAGAAUAUAUGCCAAACAUUUAUCUCCAACUAAAUUGAAAUAUGAUAGUCUAAUUAAAGAUUCAGAAGAUGAUGUACCUUCAAUACAGGUUAAGAUUGAAGAUGGUUUACCACAAUGCAGUUAA